AAAUGGCGUAAUGCCAAAAUGGUUUUAUUUAUAUCAUUUGAAUUCAAAACUAUAAGACGGAUUAUAUUUCUAAAAUUUUAAUACGUAAUAAGAUUUCUUGAUAUAAUACGCCAUCGCUAGUGCAACUAAACGAAUGUUGAGCAACGUUUCACUUCCCACUAAAGAAAAUGAAAACACAACUGAGACAACGAUAAAAAGAAACAGACUGAGUGCUGAAAGUUGUCCAAGUACUGAUAAUGACUAUAGUAUACAGUGCACACAGAAGGAGAAACAAACUGAAAUAGAAAACAAGAAAACAGAAAAAAGUGAAAUUGAGAAAAACGAAAAGGGUGGAUUUGAAAGACUUAAAUUUGAAAAUCAGACAACCCUUGAUAUAAAAUGUUCCGAAAGUAAGCCAUGGAUCAGUACCAUUGAUACGCUUCCGAAUGGAAAUUUAAUUUUGGCGGACUUUUGCAACUGCAAGCUGUAUGUUUAUAAUCAGUGUUUUGAAAGACAUAAAUCCAUUGAUGUCAGUGGGAAACCUUGUGCAAUAGCAGUGAUAAAUAGUGAAAAACUUGCUGUUACAUUACAAGAAAAGAAAUCUGUGGCACUUGUAAACAUUCUGACCAGAAAAACGUUCCGAUAUUUGAAUACAGACGACAGUUGCCAUGGAAUCACGUAUACCGAUGGCAACCUCGUUUUAAACUGUCUAGAGAAAGGUUUAACGUUUAUCAGUUUAAGUGGUGCUGUGCAAAAUACAAUUUCUGAUGUUACAGGCGAAGCUUAUUUGUGUUCAUCUGACAAUGGUAAUAUUUACUGUGCUGUAUAUUGGUCACAUAAAGUCUUGUGCUUCAAUAGGCAUGGCGACGAGAUAUAUUCCUUUUCUAAUCUGACAAUGAAAUGUAUGAGAGGUAUAUCGGUUGAUCAUCAAGGACAAGUUUUUACAAGCGAGUUUGGAAAAAAUAAAAUUCAUGUUAUCAAUUCAGAGGGAACAAAAUCACACGUGAUUCUUUCGAAGAAACAUGGAAUAAACAAUCCGCUGUGUGUGAUGUUCAACAGUAAUGACAUGUGUUUGUAUGUUUCAAAUAAUGACGGCGAAUCGGUUUCAAUAUAUAAAUUAGAUUCUUUUUAGGAAUAAAAUGAUAUAAUGUCUUA